AAAAAAGGAAAAAGAUUCGUGCAUUUAACUGCAUGUAAACACUGAAGCUUCAUUUCAGGAUUAACAGUAGUGAUUACAUUCGGAUUCUUUCACGAUGAGCUUCCUGUUGCCCAAACUGACUAGCAAAAGGGAAGUAGACCAGGCAAUAAAGAGUACUGCGGAAAAGGUGCUAGUUCUCAGGUUUGGGAGAGAUGAGGAUCCUGUCUGUCUACAGCUAGAUGAUAUUCUUUCUAAGACCUCUUCUGACCUAAGUAAAAUGGCUGCUAUAUACCUGGUAGAUGUGGACCACACUCCGGUUUAUACACAGUAUUUUGACAUCAGUUAUAUUCCCUCUACUGUGUUUUUCUUCAACGGACAGCAUAUGAAAGUGGAUUAUGGGUCUCCGGAUCAUACUAAGUUUGUGGGAAGUUUCAAAACUAAACAAGACUUCAUAGAUUUGGUUGAAGUAAUCUAUCGGGGAGCAAUGAGGGGGAAACUUAUUGUCCAAAGUCCUAUUGAUCCCAAGAAUAUCCCCAAAUACGACCUUCUCUAUCAAGACAUUUAGCACAUCCAUUGCUGUCGAAGGUGAAGAGAAGGGCACAGGUUGAAAUGGUACCAAAAUCCCGCAGCACUGAUUUCUGGGGUUCCCCUAGAAAUGUUGUUCAUGUCCCAGCAGAGAGGUUUGACGUGUCUGUAAUAAAAACACCUGGCCCCUGAGUGUCUGCUUCCUGAGAGCCUCAGAGUGGUGCUGUUUUUCCCAGGGUGAUUUUUUCUUUCUUUUAUGCUGGGCUUUCCUUUAUCUCUUAGGAUAACACAGAAUGUACUUAAACAUUGUGAGUACAAUGUCGUUUGAUCAUGUUUGCCCAGUGCAUAAGUAAAUGGAAAGCCAGUCCCAAAAGAGCAGAAAUGUUUGGGGUUUUUUUUGGUCGGUCAUGAGCUUGAACUCUGG